AUGUACUGCUCUGGAGGAGUCUGCACGUGUCUCAGUACCUACAUCAUGCGAGAGAAUUACUGCUAUGAAAAGGUGAAUCCCAAUCAACCGGGUUGUACCUAUGACAUACAGUGUGAAGCGGUGUGGCCAGGAGCCAAAUGUCGGAUGGACAGCAGCAUCGGCACCUGUCGUUGCCCAGAGGAGACGCAUAUUGCCCGUGAGACCCGAGACGGUUGGGUAUGCAUUUCAUUAAGAGACCGCAGCUCGGGAGCCGUCUCACCGCUUUAUUUUGUCUGCCCACUUCCCGAAGGCGCUGGAUUCAAGAUAGCAUUGAACGACCCCAAUCCGGCAGCAGGCUCACUUCCUGUUGGUUGCUCCGUAGGAUCGUCAGCUUCUGUUGAACCCGUCGUCGGACUCCAUGGUGGUGGAGCGUGCAUUUGGCCGUCGACUGGAGAGUUCAUUGGGGACGUCUACGACUGCAUUCACACUAGUCCUCAUAUCACGCUAGCUGAGCAAUUUCCCCUGUCACAAUACGCUCCCACGGCAAACGGUGUCUGCUGUCCCAGCCGAGCUCUUGCUUGUAUACAACCUCAGGUCACUGGACCCAAUCCUACGGAACCGCGAUGGUGGUACAAUUCUGUUACAGGUACCUGCCAACAGUUCAUGUGGGAUCCACACGCUUCGGAAGCGCAGUAUCACUCGGCGAACAACUUCAGGACUAUUCAGCACUGCGAGUCGUACUGCAGAGAUACUUGUUCGAGAGGCUCUCCACAGUAUUCUGGCGAAGCAGCAGUGAAUGUGGAGCGACCUGUGACUUCUUGUGCUUCUGCAACAAGUUGCGGCAAUGACUUUCAGUGUACCUCUGUUGGCAGUCAGCACCUCUGCUGCCCUACUCCAGGCACGUCUUCUGUCUGUUCGUCACGAGGAGGACGCCCACAUGACAUCACUGUACGAUCCAGUAUUUUUCACGCAGGGUUCCUUGUCACAACUGGACGCGAAACCAUCAGGUUCUACUACGACACCACGACAGGACGCUGCCAAGAUUUCGUCUACCACGGUGCAGGCGGAAAUUUCAACAACUUUCUCUCACGACAUGAAUGCGAAUUGUACUGUGCUAGAUUACAAUGUGAACGAGGAUCACCACUGCGGAUCGGAGAGGAGUCGCAACGAUGUCAAGCUAACAAUCAGUGCCCGUUGUCACACGAGUGUCGAGUCGAUCAGGGGGUUUGCUGUCCCAGAAAACAAACAAUCUGUGCUCAACCAUUGCGAGUUGGAGAUUGCACGGAGAACGUGAAACGGUACUGGUACAACGCAAAGGCACGUCAAUGUCAGAUGUUUGAAUACACAGGAUGCCAAGGAAACGACAACAAUUUCGAAACUGUGUUGGAUUGUCAAAAUUUCUGCAAAAAUGCUAUCCCUGAACCGAAGUGCAUACAAGGACAAGCGUAUCGCAAUCAAUUCGGAGACUUCACCACCUGUUCACCGGGUGUGGGAUGCCCGUCCAACCACGAGUGCUAUUUCGACGGAGAGCAAUGGGGAUGUUGUCCCACAAAAGCUUUCACCUGCUCACUAAACGCCGACUCGGGAGUGCAGUGUGGUGCCGGAUCAACUUUUCGAUAUUUUUACAACGCUCAGACUCAAAACUGCGAGACUUUUCAAUAUAAUGGAUGCGACGGAAACUCGAAUAACUUUGCAAACCGGGAGCAAUGCGAACAACAUUGCAGUGUUGGAGGAUGUCCGUAUGGUGGGACACCGCUUCGAGACCAUUCAGGCAUGCUCACAGUCUGUUCUAGCCAAGAAAACUGUCCAAACUCCUACGAAUGCAGUCCAGUUAUCGUGGGAACGGGUUCGAUCAAUCGUUGCUGUCCUACGAGAGCGUACAUGUGUGGCCUGCCUCCCCAGCAGGGAACGCAGUGUGGGGCGAAUUUCGUUACUCGUUACUACUUCAACAUCGUCACCAGCAAGUGUACCCAAUUUCAAUUCGGAGGCUGUGAUGGCAACUACAACAACUUCCUCACCACCCAACAGUGUCACAAUUUCUGCUACAGUAGCUCAUGCCCUGGAACUGUUCAGUUAAAUCUGUUUUCACAGCAUGCCCAGCCGGAAAUGUUGCCUAUGUCGAUCCGAACUCCCAGAUGCCCAUCCAAUGCAAUGAGGCGCUUAGUAACAGUUGUCCAAACGGAUACACCUGCACUUUCAACGCUCUUAUCAAUGGUCAUGUUUGCUGCGGAGCAUCUGACCAAGGCGAGCGUAUGUCCCGAGGAGGAGAAGGUAUUCAUCAGCACUGCCGAUAUGUCGCCACGAGAAUGCAUCGUGAACGUGGAAGCUUCAUGUCCUGCCAAUUACCUAUGUCGCUUCAACAUGCAGAGAAACAAGUACUAUUGCUGCACCAGUAUUGCUGGAAGAACAUGCCCUACUGGCAAGUUCUUGUACAAGGACCCUUACACAUCCAUCCCCACACGCUGUACUGUGGGACGAAGUGACCAGUGUCCGGAAGGCUACUCAUGCCAGAGCUAUCUUCCGAAUGCCUCGCAGGGUUUUUGCUGCACCAGCAACGCAGUCUGUCCCGACGACGCCGAGUUCUUCGUGGAUGAGCAGUCGCAGUUGCCUAGGGCUUGUACAAUGGGCACGUUCGUCAGCUGCCCGCGUGGUUACAGUUGCAGAUCGCAUACCUCGACUGUGGAAGGUUUUUGCUGCAGAACAGAAUCGACGGUACCUACUUACACUACAGAUGGCUGUCCACCUGGGAACUUUGUCUUCAUCAACUCUGACGGAGAGACUGCCACCUGCGACCCGUUCAAUCCGGAGAAUGCUCCCUGCCCGGGAGGAUCCACCUGUCAGUGGUCCACAGCAAACCAGAGAUACCAAUGCUGUGGUUCGAAUCCGGCGCCGCAAUCUGUUAGAGUCAAUGACGGAUGUCCGAAUGCUCAAAUCGCCUACCGAGACAAGAGGACGAAAGUCCGAGUUUGCACGGCCGGCUCAUCAACCUGCCCUCCUGGUUACUUUUGCCAGUUCUCCUCCCUUAAUCGUCAAUUCCAGUGUUGUGGAGUUAGUGGAGGAUGUCCAAACGAUUCGGUGGCAUUCGUGGGUUCAUUCGGAGAGCCCGAAAAGUGUGUGGUUGGACAGUCAAAGUGUCCAAUUGGGUUUGCCUGUCAACGCUCUGUCGGAGGCCAUCAUAUCUGCUGCGCAACAAACGAACUGCAAUGUGUAGCUGAAGAAAUUUCUAUUGACGGGAAGUGUUUCCCACGUUCAGCUCCCGGACAAGAGUGUCAGCAUUCUGAACAAUGCACUGGUGGUUCAGUUUGUCAUGAUGGAAGUUGCCUCUGCCCUGCAUCCACUCAACCGAUGGGUGGAUUCUGCCAAACAGAAACAAAAUGUGCUCCCGAACAAAUCAAAAGUGGCAAUGUCUGCUACAACCGAGUUGAGCUGGGCAAACCAUGCGUCGUCUCUGAACAAUGUCCUGAUCGAUCUACGUGUGCUGAUGGCAUCUGUGAAUGCAAUGCGAAUAUGGUAAACCUAAACGGCAAGUGCACUUCCGCCAGUGCACGUUCGAAAAUAGUUCAAAGCAAAGCUGGAGCUUCAAAGUGUUCGAAUACCGACUCGAAAGCGUUGUUCUCCGCGGAGACAGGUCGGGUGGUGUUUUGCAGCCCCAAAGCCAAGCAGUGCCCUCAUGGUUACUCCUGCCAGAUCAACUCCAAACGGACCCAGUACAUCUGCUGUUCGAUCCCAGACAUUCCUUCACUGGCGUGUCCGUCUGGACGGGUUCCAUACCUCAUCAAUGGUCUACCACAACGAUGCACCAAGCAACGCUGCCCAAAAGGCUAUGAGUGCACUUACAAAAAUCAUGACUAUCUCUGUUGCUCGACUGCAGGAAGAAUUUCUGGAAAGCAGCAAAGGAUGUCAACAACUACAGGACCCAAUACAUUAGGAACCACUGGAGCUCAAGAAGUAUGUCCGCGCGGAAAUCCUCUCAUCUAUCCUUCAACACGGCUCCCCGUGGUUUGCACACCGGGCAAGAAAAGUUGCCCUAUUGGGUUUGCUUGCCAACAGAGCAGAUCGUCCGAACAAUUCUUCUGCUGUCCGUCACGAUACCGAAUGAGUGCCUUCCCAGGUACCCGUCCGUGCGGUGGCUUCCUGGUACUCGUCACAAGGUUGAUUGGUGGACAACUUGAAGAGCGUUGUGAGAUCGAUCCGGGACAACCAGGAUGUGUUUACAACGAACAGUGCUCUGCAGUUUGGCCAGAUGCCUUCUGCGACACCUCAGCAGGUGUGGGUACAUGUCGCUGUGGGGAGAACAAGGUUGAGAGAACUACGCGUGAUGGGCAUGUCUGCCUUGAUAUGCUGGACGGUAAUCAGAACAUCCUCGCUAUUACUUGCCCUCUUCCGGAAGGUGCCGGGUACACCUCAGCGUUGUCUGAUUCCCAUCAUCCGCGUCAAUCGAACAGUGCUGGGCCAGUGCUAUGCAACACGGAGAGUAUGGUCACUCAACAGAACGGCGACGAACUAGGCGACGGCUCGACCGCUUGUCUGUUCCCAUCGACUCAGUCAUACAUCGCCGAUCUCUACGACUGCGUCGCCUUCGUCUCUUCCGUCGAUCUCACGUCGUCCGGUUACAGCGAUAAGGCGAACGGCAUCUGUUGCCCAAAUAGGGCAUUCACUUGUAUUCAACCGACUGCCACUGGACCGAAUCCUACGGAGCCGCGGUGGUGGUACAACGCUAUUACAGGAAUGUGCCAACAGUUCUUAUGGGAUCCAACCGCUGUCGGUCCAGGAGAACAUUCGCCUAACAAUUUCAAGACUAUCGAGCACUGUGAAAGCUACUGCAGAGACGGUUGUACGCGAGGAGCACCCGAGUACGAGUCACGGUUAUCAUUCCAUGAAGAGACGCCGAUCACCGGCUGCUCCCAAUCGACGACUUGCUCAAACAAUUUCGAGUGCAAAAGUGUAGGCAGCUCACAGUGGUGCUGCCCCAGUGUUGCGUCUGUAUGUGGCCCCAUUGGUGGACGACCGCUCGACACUUCGAUCUACUCCCGUGGCUCUGUUUACCAUUCAGGUGUCGAAAAGCAGGGCACAGCACCUUCGACACGCUUCUUCUAUGAUCCAGCUACAGGGAAAUGUUCUCCCUUUACGUAUCUUGGUGCCGCAGGGAACUACAACAACUUCCUGUCGAGAAUCGACUGUGAGCUGUAUUGCGCUAGACUGCAGUGUGAUCGUGGAAAUCCACUGAGAAUCGGCGACGUCACUCAGUCCUGCCAAUCGAACAGCGAUUGCCCUUCAUCUCAUGAAUGCAGGGUUGAUCAGUCAGUCUGCUGUCCUCGAAUGCAGACGAUAUGUACUCAACCGUUACGUGUGGGGAACUGCGAUCGCUCUGUGAGGCGCUACUGGUAUUCAGCGGCCACACGAGAAUGCCAGUCUUUCGAAUAUACAGGAUGCCAGGGCAACGACAACAACUUUGAGACUCUCGUCGAUUGCCAGACCUUUUGCAGAAAUGCUGCACCGGAACCGCGAUGUCUACAAGGCCAAGCCUAUAAGGACACUUCGGGGAAAUUCGUUACCUGCUCAACCAACCGUGCUGCUUCAUCAUGUCCCAUCAACUACGAGUGCUACCACGAUGGCAACAUGUACGGAUGUUGUCCAGCAAAAGCGUUCACGUGCUCGUUGUCAUCGAAUCCGGGAAAAACCUGCGGUCCAGGAGUCUCUUUUAAAUUCUACUACAAUGCCCAAACACAGGAGUGCGAGUCGUUCGAGUAUUUGGGAUGUGACGGAAAUUCAAAUAACUUUGCCACUCGGCAAGAAUGUGAAGCCUAUUGCGGAGUUGGAGGUUGUGCCAACGGUGGUGUGCCUCUGCGCGACAGCUCAGGAGCCAUCCAGACAUGCUCAGAGAGGACAGGUGGUUGUCCUUCUACGCACGAAUGCUACGCCGUUAGUCUGGGACCGGAUUCUGUUUCACAUCGUUGCUGCCCCACGAAAUCCUACAUUUGUGCUCUUCCACCGCAACAGGGAUCAUCGCUAUGCUCUGGAGGAGUUUAUAGCGUCACCAGAUACUACUUCAAUAUCGUCACAAAAAAGUGCUCACCUUUCGCUUUCAAUGGAUGUGAUGGGAAUCCGAACAACUUCGCAUCAUUGAAUCAGUGCAACAAUUUCUGCACGGCUUCCGCUUGCAAAGCUGGUGACGUCGUGUACCUAAAUCCAAAUAGUCAGACGCCAAUCUCUUGCAAUGACGAAAUCCAGAACAACUGUCCGAAGAAUUUCCAGUGUGUUUUCGACAGUCUCACUGAUAGCAAUGUAUGUUGUGGAGCUACAGAUAUGGGAGUAUGUCCAGAUGGCGAGAAGGCGAGUCAUCACUGCCCGCCUGGUCGAGCUCCUUACAAGGACCAAAUGAGUUUGCAGGCAAUGCGCUGCACCAUGAAUGCUCAUGUUUCCACAUGCCCGGACGGUUUCGAAUGCCAAAGUGACGUUCGGGAUGCUCUACAAGGGUAUUGCUGCUCCGUUUCAGAUAUCUGCCCUCACAAAGAGGAGUACUAUGUGGAUGAGGCGUCAGCGAUGCCACGGUCCUGCUCCGUUGGUCACUUCGUUACUUGCCCUUCAGGAUUUACCUGUAUGACUCAAUCGGAAAGUGUAAAUGGCUAUUGUUGUCGAGGCCAAACGCAUCUGGGCGUUUCAGAUGGAUGUCCACCAGGUGAAGUCGUUUUUAUGGACAAGAAUGAGAUCGCCAAAUGCGACCCGUUCAAUCCAUCGAAUCAUGGCUGCCCGAACGGUUUCACGUGCCAAUGGUCAAUUCGUACUCAGCGAUAUCAGUGCUGUGGUGCGAAUCCCGUUCCUCCAUCGCUAGAAAGUGACGGCUGCCCAUCUAAGCAAGUGGCGUAUCUAGACGUCGCGACAAGCAAACCUCAGGUGGCAUUUAUUGGAAUAUCUGGGGAACAUCAACGUUGCUCCAUGAGUGGAGGUCAGAGCUGUCCUGACGGCUAUAUCUGUGUGAAAGGGAAGCGAAAUGAGGAAAUAUGUUGUGCUGGAGGAGAAGUGUGCGAAGCAUCGCACGUGUCCGUGGAUGGUCGUUGCUUACCACGUCAGCUCAUCGGUUCCCCGUGCGAGCAUUCUUCUCAAUGCUUGGGAGACUCAUACUGUCGAAACUUGUCCUGUCAGUGUCCUGAGGGCACAGCUGAGGAGAAGCAACGUUGUGUGACCAUCAAGAAAGAAUGUGACGCUAACCAAGUGCUACACGAUAACGAGUGCCUGCCCAUGGUGUCAUUGGGUAGAGCGUGCGUCAUUGAUAUUCAGUGUAGAGGAGCAGGGGAAUGUAUUGCAGGAGUUUGUGACUGCCCCUCUGGUAUGAUUCGGAAGGGUGAUCGGUGCGAACGUGUGCCCGUCAUUGUGAAGACCGUACGGAAUCCUACGUCGUUUCGCCCCACCAUUGAUGGAUCAACUAACCAAAACGAGCUCAAUAUACGCCCAACGACGGCGUCAGGUCUCUGCCCGCCUCCACGACUACCGUAUCGAGUCAAUGACAUUCCUAUACAGUGUGCUUCGGGACAAAUUUGUCCGAAAAGCUUCACCUGUACAUAUUCGCGAUCAGUGCAGAACUAUUUUUGUUGUUCGAACAUCAACCAAACGAAAAAUGACAAAUCGCGAAACGUCUGUGCUCUCGGAGAGCCGCUUCUUUAUCCGACAACUGGUCAAGCCAUUCAGUGCUCACGAACUCGCAGAUGUCCGCCGGGAUUCGCAUGCAAACGCAAUCCGACCGGCGACCUCUUUUACUGCUGCACCGUUCCGAAACCUCUGGCCAUGGACCAGUAUAUCAGUCGAGUAAGUGUUUCAACCAGUUUGGUUCUCCGACCGAGUUCACCUUUCUUUCGGUGA